CAACCCUAACAACUCCAUGAUCCUACCUUGACGCUUCGCCUUGUGUGAUGGUCGGGGUUAUCAAGACUUUCUCUCGCGGGAUUCCGAUUCCACAUGUGGAUCCUCAUCCUGCUUGCUUCGGUCGGCGCUUUUUAAUCGUUGGCUCAGACUGCACACAGCUGGGUCGUCCAGCGCGGUGCCGAUUUGUGGAUACCUACCGACAGAUUGACACAGUGAGAAAGAGAGAUAGAUAGAUAGAAGCCUGACCCCCCCCCCCCCCCCCCCUCCCGAUGGAUCUAGUCAUCUUCAGUGGUAGUGACACUGUUGAAUUCCGUGAUCUAGCGUUAGAGAUCCGUAGAUAAUCCUCUCGUCGUGGUGCCCGCGUGCAUUGAGCGAGUUAGUGAACGCGGGAAGUUGCAGUAUCGCGUAGAACGUGCUGGUGUUGACUCUCACUGAUGCCCAUCCGAAAUUGAGACGAUGAACUAAUCCCUGUGUGAGGUGUAAAUGAGCUAUGUGUCGUUGAUCUGCCUUUGAUCUCGUUGAGACUCGAGGACCGUGUUGUGGCAUGUAAGUAGUCUAGGCUCCGUUGGACGAAGAGUUGAAUUGUCGGGAUGGACUUUAGCAACGUGCUGUUCUACGCGUGAAAGGAUUUAGGUCUAUAAGUGGGAUAAAUGAGAAAGGAGACGCGAUUUUCGUCAUGGAUGGCGAAGAGAGUGUUCGCGAGACGAUGAAGAGCAGCUAGCAGAGCCGCAUUUCCCAUCCUUUCAGUGAAUUCUCUAAAUUAUGCGAGUUUAUGUAGUUUGAAUUAUAAUCAGAAUGCGGAACUGUUGGAAUAGUAUAAGAAAUUGUAGGUACAGUGAUAAAUAUAGGAGGAAAAAGCUGCGGGUAUGGCAUUAUGUUGUGGGAGUUUCGACGAUUCUGAUCGUUUUGGCGUUGGCUUUCUCGUCGAAGCACCUUGGGAAGUCCGUUAGUAUGAACCCCUGCGACUUGUUUGGCGGAAAUGUGUGUGCCGGCUUUCAGGCGACCGUGAGACCCUUUACCGACGAUGAAUUGGCCAUUCGAGUACUCGCCAAGGAAAUGCUCUCGGAACGGACUGCGGUCACGGACUGGAAUCCAAAGGUUGCGUUUAUGUUCCUGAUUGCGAGUGAUCUCCCAUUUGAAAGAGUUUGGGAGAAGUUUUUCCAGGGAAACGAAGGUUUCUAUUCCAUCUACGUGCAUGCCUCCAACCGCGACUCAUCAAAAGUUUGGAAUUCUACUGUAUUUGCUGGUCGAGAGAUACCCAGUAAAGAGGUUCAUUGGGGACAAAUUGAAAUGAUUGAUGCAGAGCGACGGCUUCUCACCUUUGCGCUCCAGGACUUGGACAAUCAGUAUUUUGCUCUACUAUCUGAAUCAUGCAUACCUCUUUACAACUUCGAGUACACCUACCACUAUCUUAUUCGCUCUCGCAUGAGUUUCGUGGACAGUUUCAAAGAUCCUGGCCCUCAUGGACAAGGCCGCUACUCGGAGAGAAUGGCUCCUGAAGUGUCAUAUACCGCUUGGACCAAGGGUGCUCAGUGGUUUGCAGUUCAUCGGAAACAUGCAGUACUGAUUAUAGUAGAUUAUCUUUACUACAAUAAGUUCAAGGAUUUCUGCAAGCCUGGUCAGGAGAAUAAGAACUGCUACCCUGACGAACACUAUAUUCAGACUUUUCUACAUAUUAUGGAUCCUAGUCAUCUCUCAAAUUGGACUGUUACCUAUGUGGAUUGGUCUGAGCAUCUAUGGCACCCCAAGUCUUUCGAAGAGGGCGAUAUCGCGGAAGAUCUCUUUCGAACUGUUAAGGCUAUCCAGAAUCAUGAACAUGUCACAAGUGAGACCUAUCCUGUACAAACCUCUAAGCCAUGCCUGUGGAAUGGGCGCUCUCAAGGAUGUUUUCUAUUUGCACGGAAAUUUCGCCCAGAAACAGCGGAGGCUCUAGUUAAUCUGCUUCCAAGCAAAGUUUGGAACAAUUCAAUACACCAUUCACGAUCUUCAGCCACUCCGGAUGAUAAUAACCGAUGAUGCCUUCGCCAAAUCCGGACGUCAAGAUUAUGAAAGCCAUUGCUCCUUUCUGCUUUGUUCUCUUGUAUUAGUGAGCUCGUUAUUUUUUUCAUUCGUAACUUUGGAACAUCACCUUUAUUUAUCGCUGGCACUCUGCUGAAACGAGAGCUAUCAGCAAGAAAAAGAGGCGGUUGAGCAUUUAUAAUUGUCGACCUCGCCGGAUGCAAUUUUAGGACCUGAGUAACUAGUAGAAGACAGGUUUUAGGCAAGCUUGCAGAUCUUCUGUUUACCAUGUAUCUACCACUGGGUCCAACUUAAGAUGGGCACCCUUCAAAUCCCAUUUUUAGUGUAGCUUGUGAGUAUCUCAGCUCUCGUACUCGAAGGGAAGCAAUUAGUGUCCUUAACUGGAUGCAGAAACCAUUCCUUAAACUUGAUACCGCUAGUGCACUCGUAUUGCUAGAUUUCGGUGUAUAUGUGGCAAUUGGUAUAUUACACAUCAAUUUUCAUUGAAUCGCUAGUGAUAUCUGGCGACCUGUGAACCUCA